CGCAAUUUCACCUCAAAAGAUAUUUUCUUUUCGAUAAAUAAUUUCAAUUUUUAAAACAACGAGGUCAAAAAUGUGUUAAAAAUAAUCAAAAAAAUAUUUUCACAAUAAGUUUAUCUGUAAGAAUCAAAUUCAGUGAUUGUGAUCACCUGUUAGUGAAUUUCGCCUUGGGUUAUUUUUUCAAGUCAGCAAAAAUGUCUAAUAUGAGGAGUAUGACGAAUGCAGCCCGUGUCCUGGCUAAAAGACCGUUCAGAGUAUCUAUAGAAGGCAAUAUAGGCUCGGGAAAGUCGACGUGCAUCAAGUUUUUCGACAAGUAUCCCAACGUUGAAAAACAUGCGGAACCUCUGAACGAGUGGCGCGACGUCAGCGGCCACAACUUACUGGGCCUCGUGUACAGCGAUCUGCAGAAGUGGACCUUCCCGUUCCAACACUAUGUCCAUCUCUCCAGGCUCAAGAUCCAGACCAGCCCCCCGGCCAGCCCUAAUAUUACCGUCAAGAUGUUCGAAAGAUCUGUUCAGAAUAGCAGGUUUUGUUUCGUCGAGAAUGCAAGAAGGCACGACGUUCUCCAUGAUGCGGAAUUCCAGGUUCUAAACGAGUGGUACACAUAUGUAGAGAAGAAUCUGGAUAUUAGCUUGGAUCUGAUAGUGUAUCUGAAGAGUUCACCACAAGUGGUCUGGGAGAGAAUGAUGAGACGAGGCAGAGCAGAGGAAUCGGAAGUACCCUUGGAUUACUUACAACAGGUCCAUGAUGCAUACGAAAGUUGGCUGAGUUCUCCAGACAUUGGCUGUGAAGUGCUGACCAUAGAUGCCGACCGAAGCAUAGACUGUGUGAUGGAAGACUUAGAGAGAUACAGCUACAAAAUACUCGGAGGAAACCAUACCAACUAAUGCAGCUCAAUUUUAAAUAAAUUAUUAGACUGUUUAUCUGAUCU